AUGGCUCGCAAGGACGCGCCCGCCCAGCUGACGGCGCCCCUCGGUCGGCGGCGUCGCGUCGCGCACGACGGGGCUCGCCGAAGCGCGGCCGUGUUCGCCGCGGGCCUCUGCGUGGGCCUGGCGCUCACCUGCUGGCUACCGCAGGCGAGGCUCGUGCACGGCGCCUCCGGGCAGCGUCCGGGACCGCGCCGACAGCGGGCCGUGCCGCCCUGCGGCAUUCCACGCAGCCCGAUCCUCUACGACCUGAACAGCUCGGACCAUUGCGGGGCUUCCUUCCUUCGUACUCUAAUUUCCCUGUCUGGUCACCUGCUUAUUCUUCCCGCAUGGCAAAUAUUUUGGUAUGACGUACUUGCUCAGACGGGCCAGCGUGCGCUGAUUGACGCGAACCGCGCAGCGUCGUCGUGCAACUGGGUGUCGCACGAUCUCUUGCGUCGGCGUGUGCGUCUGCUGUGCUGGGUGCUGACGAAUCCGAACAAUACGGUCACCAAGGCGCGCCACGUGGCUGCCACCUGGGGUCAUCGCUGCGACCGCCUGCUGUUCAUGAGCACCGCUCGCAGCCACGAGGAGGAGCUGCGGCCGUCGGUGGUGCUCAACUUGAGCGUCGCCGAGCGGCGCAGCGCCCUCUGGGCCAAGACGAAAGCGUCCUUGGUCGAGUUGUACAACGGGCACCUCGGCGACUACGACUGGUUCUACAAGGCGGACGAUGACACGUACGCGAUCGUAGAGAACCUCAGGUUCUUCCUAUUGGGCAAGGACCCGUCGCAGCCGCUCUACUUCGGCUAUCCGUUCCGGGUGCUCGUGCCCACGGGCUACAUGAGUGGCGGCGCAGGCUACGUGCUGAGCCGCGAGGCCCUGAGGCGCCUCGUCGAGCUGGGCAUGAUGCAGGGCCAGUGCCGAGCCGACGCGGCGGGCAGCGAAGACGCCGAGCUGGGCCGCUGCCUGACGCGCGCCGGUGUCCCCGUCAGCGACACGCGUGACGCCCUGGGUCGAAACCGGUUCUUCCCGCUGCGCAUCGACCACUACUUCUGGCCGGAUUUGCUGCCGCUGCAUUGGUGGAUUUGGCGCUACGCAAAGUACCCCAUACGACCGGGCUGGAACUGCUGCAGUGACACGGCUGUGGCCUUCCACUACACGACGCCCGAGCGGAUGUACGUGUUCGAGUACUUCGUGUACCAUGUGCGGCUGCUGGGCGGCCUCGACCAAAGGGUCUACCCGAGGCGUCCGCCGCUUCCCGAGCUGAUUCCUUGAUGAGUUCACCGCCUCUGCGUCAGAGGGGCUUCGACUGUUUAUGGUCAUGAUUAUACGUUCCCAGCCAUAAUAAACAACAACAUAGUAUUGUAUUAUUUUCACGUUGUCGUGACGCUGAAGAACCAAGAAAC